CCCAGCCGUCUCUCUCUAGAAGAAAAAACAGAAUAAAAGAUAUUUGUUUGAAAAAUCCAGUGAACCAAAUAGCAAGAUAUGCUGUUUGUGCCAAAGUUUGUAAUUUCCAUCCUUCAAAUGUGCUUCUGAAUCCAACUUCUCUUCUUUCUCUCUGAUUGGAUGGGAACUCUCGCCACUUCCUCUUUCACUCUGCAUUCAUUCCCUCUAAACGCUCGCACACUUAAGCUCUUUAACUUCAAUAACUCUUCUUCUUUAUCUUAUCAUUAUUUCCCCAGCAAACGGCUUUCUUAUAGGACUCUGAAUUCUCGAAAUAGUUGUAGGUUUAGGUGUUUUUGUUCACAUAAUAACGAUGUAGAGAAGCGUGAGGAUAGUUUAUCCAAUGAUUCUGGUGUUAAAACGGUUACGCCUGAUGAAGCAGAUGAGAAAAAGAUUGAUGAAUUUGGUUCUGACAACACACCCACUUCUGUUUCUUCAAGGCCACCGACUAGAUCUCCAAAUGGACCAGACUAUAAUAAUUUCCAAGUUGAUUCUUUCAAGCUAAUGGAACUUUUGGGACCCGAAAAGGUUGACCCAGCUGAUGUGAAGCUAAUCAAGGGUAAACUUUUUGGUUAUUCAACAUUCUGGGUAACCAAAGAAGAACCAUUUGGAGAUCUUGGGGAGGGCAUUCUUUUUCUUGGAAAUUUAAGGGGAAAUAGAGAAAAUGUAUUUGCAAAACUUCAAAGACAGCUUGCUGAGGUUACAGGUGAGAAAUACAACUUAUUUAUGGUGGAGGAACCCAAUUCCGAAGGGUCAGAUCCACGUGGUGGACCUCGUGUUAGCUUUGGCUUGCUGCGGAAAGAGGUCUCUGAACCUGGGCCAACAACACUUUGGCAAUAUGUGAUUGCUUUCUUGUUAUUCCUUUUGACCAUUGGUUCCUCUGUGGAGUUAGGAAUUGCAUCUCAGAUCAAUAGACUUCCUGCAGAGGUAGUGAAAUACUUCACUGAUCCAAAUGCUGUUGAUCCACCUGAUGUGGAGCUUCUAUACCCUUUUGUAGAGACUGCUUUGCCCCUAGCAUAUGGUGUCUUGGGGGUUUUGCUAUUUCACGAAGUGGGCCACUUUUUGGCUGCUUUUCCGAAGAAAGUAAAAUUGAGCAUUCCUUAUUUCAUUCCAAACAUCACUCUUGGCAGCUUUGGUGCAAUCACUCAGUUCAAAUCCAUCCUUCCUGAUCGUAGUACAAAAGUUGACGUUUCACUUGCGGGUCCAUUUGCUGGUGCUGCAUUGUCUUUUUCAAUGUUUGCUGUUGGCCUUUUGCUGUCAUCAAAUCCAAAUGCUGCAGGAGACUUGGUGCAGGUUCCGAGCUCACUGUUUCAAGGAUCUUUGCUCCUAGGUCUCAUCAGUAGAGCUACUCUUGGUUAUGCAGCCAUGCAUGCUUCGACAGUUUCAAUUCAUCCUUUGGUGAUUGCUGGCUGGUGUGGCUUAACCACAUCAGCGUUCAAUAUGCUUCCAGUGGGUUGCCUUGAUGGUGGAAGAGCUGUACAGGGUGCGUUCGGAAGAAGUGCUCUGGUUGGAUUUGGCUUGACAACUUACACAUUGUUAGGCCUGGGAGUGAUUGGUGGACCUUUAUCUCUUCCUUGGGGCAUAUAUGUGCUAAUAUGUCAGAGGACUCCAGAAAAACCAUGCUUAAAUGAUGUGACAGAGGUUGGAACGUGGAGGAAAGCAUUUGUUGCAGUGAGCAUUUUGCUUGUAUUGUUAACCCUGUUUCCAGUAUGGGAUGAACUUGCAGAAGAACUGGGUAUAGGUCUUGUAACAACAUUCUGAUUUGAGUAUACAUAGAGGCAAAUUUUGACAUUUAAAAAAUGAGUUGUCUUCAACCUGUAAUUAAUUCAGCUUCUAGGUUGUAUCACAAUCAAGAAUCUUUAUUAUGAAAAUCAGGCAAUUCACAGAA